AUGGCUCGACGAGACGGUAAAUCACAGCAGUUUCCCAAGGUUCGUGAAGAUAUCGAGGACGAAAUCCUCGAAGCGUACGCUGAGCAUACGGAUGGAGACGACUUCCACCUCAAAACUCUCCCAAAUUUUUUUCAUGAGCUCAGCAUUCCAAGUUGCUAUUUCACCGAUAUUUCAGAAUGCAUUGAAUACUACUAUUCCCACAUUGAUGGUCGAGGAAUCGACGUAGGGAACACCAACGAGUGGAUCACGUACCAAAUGCUCAUUGCGUAUACGUUGACCAUAUCCUCAAAUCCAGACCAGCUACUCGAUGUGGUAGACAUCGAUAAACUCAUACGAAACACAAGCACUCUUAUCAAGUUCCGUAACAACCAUUCGCACAUUCUAGCCAGCUGGAAACUAUUUGUAGAAGUUGGAGCUCCUGGCUCAAAUCCUGAAACUUUUCGGUUGACUCUUCCUCAUCUUCAGGCUAUCAAAGAACAUAUGAACUUGGACCUGGGGCUGCAUGGACCUCUUGGAGACUCGUUCUUGAUCAGUAUGUUGAGCUGCUGCUCUACAAAAGAAGACGGGAGCCCCACAAGCUUUUACUUGGACAAACCCAAAUCUGGCACCAGUAUAACCAUUCGAGACUUCGCCGAGAUCCUCGGAAACUUGGGAGAGUUCGACUAG